UGAGCUUUUAUUUUGAAGGGCAUUAACCGGAAAUUGUGAAUUGACGUCAGAUCCGUGCAAUCCAUCACCAACCUUUCUCCACAUGUGGAAUCAUGUCGAAGGCCAGCAGUGCGUAGCUAAAUUAAUAUCAUAUGACGUUGAUCCUUUAAACAUUGAAUUAACAUUGUAGCUCGUUGAUGUGUAACUUAUUUUCUUGUUGUGGGUUUUGCAGAACAAAAGCGAGCGAAAAGACUUUUCCGAGGAAAACAAAAGGUAUUUUUAGCUGGCCUGCUUGCUACUCAAAGUUAGCUAGCUAGUAAGGUUAUAAAUUAGCUAGCAACAUGUUAUUCACAGUCGGACAAUUUUCAAUAGAUUAUAUUUUAGAACAGUGCACUGCAAGCCAGAAUGUUGAAUAAAAUUCCAUUUGAAUUUUACAUGCGACGCUGGUAAGUAUAGUAGCAAUACACUAGUUGCUAAUUGCGGCGACUAGUUAACCUGUUGUGACCACAUUGGACACGAAACUGCCAGCCAGUUGAUCUCACUUUGCCGUAUACUGUACAACAUUGAUAGCUACAGAAAACCUCAGGUUUUUAACAAAAACAUAGCUAAUGAACUGAGAAGGGUCUCUGCAGUCCAAUAUAAUAAUACUUUUUUGACUCCGUGUGAAGUAGACUCACUGUACACAUUUUGUAUACUGUAACUAACUAGUUAUAGUUUAACUAACUAUAGUUUAGCUACUUUUAUUAUGUUAACAUCAUUGGCCGUAUCUCAUUUGAGUUUAAUUUCAAUUGAAGGGCAACGAUGGACAACAGACUGAUGCUCAAGGAGGGAAAAGAAAUUCAGAGCUGUCCAUUGCACGACAUCUCAAAGAGUAUGGAAAACCAGAAGAAGUCCGGAAGAAAAGGGUGAACCAUGAUAUAAAUAUAUUUUUAUUACAACUGUUAAUCUCUGUCAUGACAAUAGCGAAAUUCUGGUUUGGCAAUUGAUUUAUAGGUAUUUAAAAUGUGUUGCUCUCUUUGCCAUGGUCAGCUUCAGGAGCUCCAAGAAAAGCAGAGGUUGUCAAGAGAACGGGAGCUGAUGAAGAGGAGAAGUCUGGACAGUUUUCAGAGAGAUAUUCUUCAGCGACAAAGAGAGUUUGAGCAGAGGGUAAUUUAACUAGUGUAGAUUAUAGUCUGUCAAGAAAGAGCAGCUCUCCCAUUGCUGUUUUUCUCAUUAAAUGAGAGCUUGUCAUUAGUGUUUUUUUGUUCUCUGAUUGCAGGAAACUGAGAUGCGGAGUUUAGAGAAGCAUGUCCAUUUUGAAAAUGAGAAUUCAAGAAAGGCGUACUACAGGGAAUUCAAAAAGGUAUGUUUUCUUUAAUCAAGUCGAAUUGUCUUGUAAAUUAUGAUAAUAAUGUGUUGUAUUCCCUGUUCUGUAUGAAAGGUGGUUGAGGCCUCUGAUGUGAUUCUGGAGGUUCUGGAUGCCCGUGACCCUCUUGGCUGCCGUUGUCCUCAGGUGGAGCAGGCUGUUAUUCAAAGCGGCGCUGACAAGAAAAUAGUCCUAGUGCUUAACAAGAUUGGUGAGUGAGUAAGAGAGAUGCAUUAAUAUGCAUGGUUUAUACAUUAGAAAGCAUGGUGCCAGAUUAUCUUUAACUGACAGACAUGUCUUUCCACUGUACUCUUAGACCUGGUGUCCAAGGAGAUUGUGGAGAAAUGGAUCAAGUAUCUUCGCAAUGAAUUUCCCACUGUGGCUUUCAAAGCCUCAACGCAGCAACAGAACAAGAAUUUGGUGAGUAAAACAAUUCAGAAUGCCAUAUGUAGAACAUGCACAGCAUCAUUUACUGAAAUCCAUUCUUCCAUUCAUGUUCCAUACAAUAUUUCUGUUUUACUGUUAAGCAAUAAGGCCAUCUGUACUACAUGCUAACUGAAUACACUUUUUUCAGUUAGCAUCUAGUAGCUAUACUUGCAUGUGUUUUUCCAUUUGCAGAAGCGAAGCAAUGUACCGGUUACCCAGGCCACCGCUGAGCUCCUGUGUAGCAGUGCCUGUGUGGGCGCGGAAUGCCUCAUGAAACUAUUGGGGAACUACUGCCGCAACCUAGACAUUAAGACAGCCAUCACUGUUGGUGUGGUUGGUGGGUACAUUUUACAUUCACAUUUUGGUCAUAUAACAGACGCUGUUAUCCAGAGUGACUUAUAGGAGCAAUUAGGGUUCAGUGCCUUGCUCAAUGGCACAUCGACAGAUUUUUCACCUAGUCGACUCAGGGAUUCAAACCAGCAGCCUUUCACUUACUUGCCCAAUGCUCCUAACCACUAGGCUUCCUGCUCAAUCAGGAUCAUGGCCGCCUCAGCAUAUGUUUUUAUGUAAUUCCAAACUGUUUAAACUGGGCAAAGUUUUGAAGAUAUAAAAUAUUUUGGAUGGUUUUCUUUUUUUCAGGGUUUCCCAAUGUUGGAAAGAGCAGUCUGAUAAACAGUUUGAAGCGGGCACGUGCAUGCAAUAUUGGAGCCACUCCUGGCGUAACCAAGUAAGUACAAAGCUUUUGGCUUUAUUUAUGUCUAGGCCUACAUGUUCUUUCCUUGCUUGACUGACCUGUAUGAUGGCUUUUAGGUGCCUUCAGGAAAUACACUUGGACAAGCACAUCAAGCUUUUAGAUUGUCCUGGCAUUGUCAUGGCAACCUCGACAACUGACGCGGCCAUGAUCCUUCGGAAUUGUGUAAAGAUUGAGCAGCUUGUAGACACUCUACCUCCAAUCGAAGCCAUCUUAAGACGCUGCAAUAAGACACAGGUAUCCAAAGAUUAUUUAACGGCAUAUUCACUGCAAUGCAGUGACAGAUUUUAUGUCCAUGUUGUCAUAUUCUUUCAUUUUGUUUUUCCAUAGAUCAUGGAACACUAUGGUGUUCCAGACUUCCACACAGCUCUAGAGUUUCUGGCUUUGUUGGCACGGCGACAGGGCAAGUUGAGGAAGGGAGGAGUGCCUGAUAAUGACAAGGCGGCAAAGAGUGUCCUAAUGGACUGGACAGGGUAGGUGCAAACUGUAAAAACAUUUAAUACGUCUGAGGUUUUCAAAGCAACACAGUCCCUACCUAAUAAAGUCCCAUUGUUCUGUUUAAUUUACGGUCUUGUAGGGGUAGGAUCAGCUACUUUACACACCCCCCGGAGACGCACACUCUUCCCACUCAUGUCAGUGCUGAGAUUGUGGCAGAGAUGGGCAAAGCUUUCGACUGGGAGGAACUAGAGAAGGGAAACCAGGAAGUGCUAGCUGGUAUGAUAUACACACACACACACAUUUUAUAGUUGCCUAGUAACUGAAAAGUUAUAUUGGGAUAAAAAGAAUGUAUGUGCUAAAUGUUUGUUUUUCUUGUAGUGUCGUCUUGCACUGAUGUCCAAAUGGGUUUCUGCAUGGCAACUGCUGGGAUGACUCAGGGUGGUCAAGAAGAACCACCUUGUGACCUGGAAAUGGAAGGUGGAGCUUUGGAUGAAGUUGAGUCCAAGGAUGAAACUGAAUCCAUGGAUGAUGAUCAGGACCCUGAGGUAUUGCAGUGCUUUUACUUGACAAGUUCAACGGAUUCUGCAGUACUUUUGUAUACUUCAGUAGUUCUUAAAGUAGCGCUUAUGAGCCGAAAGUGGUCCCCCUAUGUUGCUCUCUCUCGCUCUGCUGUGGGUGCAUCUUGCUAGCUGUCACUCAUAUGAAGAGGGGCUGAAGCUCAUUGGUUGAACUUGAAUUGCUAGGGGGCUGGCCCAAUUGGGGGGAAAUGUAUGGCAAAUGGCACGGCACAGCACAGCUUCCAGAAAAUCGCUAACUUUCAAACGAGGGAUUUCGUGGCCAAUUGAGGUAUGACAGUAAUUCUGCUCAUAUAUUAUGCAUGUAUUGAGGUACAAAUUCACACAUCCAGGCCAGAGCAGGAAGUAAAACAUUUGUAUUUAGUAAUCACCAAAGUUCCGGAGCAUGACUUUAAGUUACUGUAGCAACUCCCCAUUUUCAUGCCUACUGAACACAACCCAGAUGAAAAUGUAUUGUUUAACUUUUACAGUGGUAUUAUGACUUGUGCUGGGUUCCACUUAAAAGUCCUUUAACACUGAGUGUACAAAACAUUAAGAACACUUGCUCUUUCCAUGACCGACUGACCAGGUGAAAGCUAUGCCUUAUUGAUGUCACUCGUUAAAUCCACUUCAAUCAGUGUAGAUGAAGGGGAGGAGAUGGGUUAAAGAAGGAUUUUUAGGCCUUGAGACAUGGAUUUUGUGUGUGCCAUUCAGGCAAAAGAUUGAAGUGCCUUUGAACAGGGAUGGUAGUAGGUGCCAGAUGCACCGGUUUGUCAAGAACUGUAACGCUGCUGGGUUUUUCACACACAACCGUUUCCCAUGUGUAUCAAUGGUCCACCACCUAAAGGACAUCCAGCCAACUGUGGGAAGCAUUGGAGUCAACAUGGGCCAGCAUCCCUGUGGAACACUUUCGACACCUUGUAGAGUCAAGUAUGGGUAGCUGCAGCCCAUUAUGGCAACCAGCGAGUAGUUGUGUCAAAAGGAGUGGGUGUAUGGAAAACAAAUCUGCUAAUUGGGCAGAUUUGUUGGCACUCAAGACCGUUUGGCGUGGCUGAUUGGGCUGCACGACGAGAUAAGCCGGUGACCAGUGCACUGGUGUAUCGACGUGCUGACUUGAAGUGCUUCCUACUGGGUAUCGCAGUAAUUUUGUCUCUAACAUGCUUUUAUUUCAAGUAGGAUAGCAGCCUACUACACAAGAAAUAACUAAUAUUGAUAACCAUCUAGAUGUCACCUUGAUACAUAUAUACAUACAGUCUACUACUCAAUGGCCAAGGCAUGAAAGGCAGCAACACGGGGACACAGUGCCCUUCGCUCCUGCUUGACAAACACUACUGUCCGGCAACGGUGUGGUAAGUAGCUACCUAGCUAGUAGACAAUAUCAGGGUGACAGUCACAGUAAUGCAUACAACGCAUGAAGCAACAGUACACCCAUCAUCAAUACUUUUAAUCAAAAACAAACAAUUGUCUUUUUUUAAACUGAAAAUGUACUAUUAUUUGCGUAAAACUGACAGUGAAAUACUACUGACUCAUCCAUCCUCUGGCUUAAAUACAGAAGUCCAAACUCUCGCGGUAUGGUAGCUCAAUGUAUGGUAGUUGCCUGGUAAAAAAAUGAAAGAAAAACAACACUGCUCAAUCAAAACCGUCUAACCUAUAGCAGAGCGCUUUCGACACACCAACUCCUUUCCACACGCCCACUACUUUCCUUUCGACACACCCACUCGCCCAUGCUCCGGUCGCCAUAUUGGAAUGCAGUUACCCUUUCUCUGUAUAGUCCAUGCCGAUUAAUUGAGGCUGUUCUGAGUGCACCUUCCUAAUAUUGUAACUCAAUAUUAGGAAGGUGUUCUUAGUGUUUUGUACACUCAGUGUAUAUCUUGUCUUUUUUAUCCUUUAACACUAGUUUGGACCUAUGACUGUGGAGAUGAAAGCGCCAAGGGCAAAGAGUGGUGGUUCAGUUGAUGCUGCUGCCCCCAGGACCCUCGAUUUAAAGGAUAUCUUGAAUGUAGACCCUCUUCAGCAGGGCCAAGCACUCAUGGCUGCUGGGAAGAAGAGGAAGAAGCAACAGAAAAGAGCUGGUAUGUCUUAUGUUUUAACACUAACAUUGUGUUGUAUAAAUCCUUGGUUUGUAGAUCACUUGACAACCAUAUUUUGUUAUCUUGAGGUUUUUAACUUAGAUAUGGUUUAGGUGUUUUUAUUCUACCAUUACUACUGUAAUUGAUAGGUUUAUCUGUGAAUUAUCCAAUUUCUCCUUUCUCACUAUUUUAUUUUCAGACAAAAUUGCUACCAAACUCUCAGACAGCCUGACGACGGCAAUGAACUUUGCAUUUUCUGAUGGAUGAAAAAUAAAAGUUAAUCUAAGAUGGGGUGUUUUUGUUUUUUUAUUUAAUUAUAUAUCUGUUCAGUCAGUAUCAUCAUAACUCUAU